AUGUCGUUCCGCAAGAGGGGCGUCGUGCUGCCUCAAUCUGGGAGUACGAGUUCGAGUUCAACUGGAAGUACUUCGCUUCCAACAACAACAAAAGAACAGCCAAAAGGCACACGACCAUCGCCCCUCACUGGCACGCCUACAACCAGUACCGGGACAUCAUCUCUGGAUUGCCUUUUCGGUGGACAUAGUGGACUUGUUCUUGGGUCCUCGCUUCUGAUUGAAGAACAAGGGACUACUGAUUUUGGUGGGGCAGUCUUAAGAUAUUACGCAGCAGAAGGCGUAGUGCAGGGACACACAGUUCAUGUAUUUGGUGCAGGUGAGGCAUGGGGUAGAGAGCUGCCUGGGUUGAGUGAGGAGAAGCCGAAGAAGGAAGUUGCGAAGGUGGAUGGGAUUGGGAGGGAAAGGGAGGAGAGGAUGAAGAUUGCGUGGAGGUAUGAGAAGCUCGGGGAGUUUGGGACGAGUGGAAGAGAGAAAACAACAACCACAUCGACAUUUUGCCACAGCUUCGACCUUUCCAAACGCCUCAUCCUCCCUUCUCCCUCAAACAUCCACUUCACACCCCUUUCGACACAACUCGACCUGUCUUUCAAACCCACAGACCCCUCAGUCUCACCAUUCGCAAAUUUCCUGACGCAUCUGAAAACACAGCUCUCCUCCUCCCCGCCAACGACGAUACAUCGAAUAAUCAUCCCCUCCCUCCUAAGUCCAGCACUCUAUCCCUCGCACGCCUCCUACCCAGAACACAUCCUACAAUUCCUGCACAGCCUGCGCGCACUUUUACGUGCAUAUCCUACCACAGCAUCAGCGCUCAUAACAUUCCCCCUCUCCCUCUUCCCUCGUUCAACAGGACUUACCCGCUGGAUCGAGUUGUUGUCCGACAGCGUGAUAGAGCUAGCUCCAUUCCCGUCGAGUAGUCUACAAGUAAAGGCGGUUCCUGGACAAGAGGAGCCAGCGCAGGGCAUGUUGAAGAUCCACUGCUUGAUGGGAGGUGUGGGUGGAGGAGAUGACUUGAGUUUUGUAUUAGGGAGGAGGAAGGGGCUGGUUAUUAGGCCGUACAGUCUGCCGCCUGUUGAUGGAGACCAGGAGGGGCAGAAUCCAGGAGGACUUGAGGUGGAAGGGGGUGGUAAAGCGACUAAGGUUGAUAUUGAGUUUUGA